AUGGCGAGCUUCUUCCGCACCAUCGUCCGCGCCGGUCCAUCCCGACCUACCGCCCUCUUCGCCCGCGCGUUCACCGCCCCCUCACUCCCCACAUUCCAAGAAACCCCCUCCACCCCCUCCGUUCCCUCGACCCCCACCCAUGCAUCCCCCACCUCCAUCUACCCUCCAAGCCCAUACACCAUGGAGUCCUCCAAGCCCAAUCCUCUCCCCUCACCCAUCCGUCUUCCCCGGGGAGCAGCAGCACGCAUCGCCCGCCCUCGAUCCCCUACCGACACCGCCGAGGACCUCAGCAAUGACGGCUGGUGGGCUGCCCAGUCGGUCUCGGGGCCCAAAGAGGCGCAUGUGGGGAAUCAGUACUCUGGUCGCUCGAUCAAGGUGUACUCGAACGAUGUGAUGCUUCCGAUAAGGCGGUUGAGCGGGUUGUUGGCGAGGACGGGCGUGAAGAAGUAUGUGAGGAGGUCGGAGUUUUACGAAAAGCCGAGUGAGAGGAAGAGGAGGUUAGGAACGGAGAGACAUAGGAGGAGGUUCCAGGAGAUGGUACGGGAGAAGGUGCAGACUGUGCAGAUGAUCCGUAACCGAGGGUAG